AUGGUUGGAACAUCCACAUUGUUGGCCUUCUUGGCUUCAGCCUCGGUGGCGUUCGCUGCUUGUAGUCUUGAUAGUCAUUGUCCUGAAGAUGCACCAUGUUGCUCUCAAUAUGGAGAAUGCGGUACAGGUGCCUAUUGUCUCGGAGGUUGUGAUCCUCGAAUGUCAUUUUCGGUCGCAUCCUGCGUCCCCGAACCGGUCUGCGAAAGUGCCUCAUAUACCUUCAAGAACUUGGACGGCAUAACGUCAAAUACAAAAUACUUGGGGGAUGCUUCAAAAUCGAAUUGGGUUUACAGCGGAAGUCCAGUUAUCUACAAUGAUAAUGUUUUGUUGACCAUGUCGGCUGAUUCGGUCGGAACGGUUAUGGCAUCUUCGACUUAUAUGUGGUAUGGCAAUGUCAAGGCAAAGUUUAAGACUAGUAGAGGACAAGGUGUAAUAACGGCCUUUAUUCUUUUCUCGGAUGUGAAGGAUGAAAUCGAUUUCGAAUUCGUGGGUUCGGAUCUGGCUACUGCUCAAUCGAAUUACUACUUCCAGGGUAUCACCAAUUAUGAUAAUGAGCUAGACAUCAAGCUUUCCGAUACAUAUGCCAACUAUCACACUUACGAAAUCGAUUGGACCCCUGAUGAGAUCACUUGGCUUAUCGAUGGACAGGUUGGACGUACAAAGAAGCGCGCGGAUACUUGGAAUGCAACCGCAAACCAAUGGAACUUUCCACAAACUCCUGCCCGAGUCCAACUUUCUCUCUGGCCUGGUGGUCUCGCCACCAAUGGUGCUGGAACAAUCUCUUGGGCAGGUGGUGUAAUCGAUUGGGAUUCCGAGGAUAUCAAGAACAACGGUUACUAUUAUGCCUCAUUUGAGUCGGUCGAUGUCUCAUGCUACAAUGCAAAAUCGGCUCCAGGAACCAACUCUGGAAAGUCAUACUACUAUACCAAUGCUUUGGGAACCAACAACACUGUGGUUGAUUCAAACAAUGCUACUAUUCUCUCGUCCCUCCUGGGUACUGGAACAAACAUGACCGCCGGAGAAUCCGCAGCAACUUCUGGUUCCACUGCUGGUUCCACUGCCGGAACCGUUCCUGGACUCACAGGUUCUAAUGGUGGAGGAGUUGGAGAUACACACUCUGACGGUGGUAGCGGCAGCUCAGGAACGGCUACAGAAUCAUCCAGUACUUCUAGUUCGACUGACAGUGGUGGGUUUUCUCAAGGAGGUGGCUCUUCCUCUUCCUCUUCUUCAUCAUCCGGUACCACUAGCAGCAGUGCAGACAGCCUCGUUGCCAAUCAAGAACGAGUUUUGAAAGGUAGCAUAUUUGCAGGUGUUGUGGCGGUCGUUGCCAUGAUGGCUUUGUAA